CGAUGCCCUUUUCCGCCAUGGCGAAUCCCGCUGCCCAUUUGAACGCGGUGAGGGAGACCAUGGAGGUUCUGUUUGAGAUAUCCAGAAUACUAAACACUGGCUUGGAUAUGGAGACGCUCUCUAUUUGCGUCAGGCUGUGCGAGCAAGGAAUAAACCCUGAGGCCCUGUCGGCAGUAAUUAAAGAGCUACGCAAGGCUACAGAAGCUCUAAAGGCAGCUGAAAACAUGACAAGCUGAUCCUGUGGCAGGAGA